AUGGAUGUGACGAUAUCUCAGUUCAUGUUAGAAGAAUUUGAUGUCAACUGCAGCCUCCUGGAUCAUUUACAAGAGACUUUUUUAGAGAGUUCCUCUAUCCCUUUCCUGGGCUUUGAUGGUCCGUACUGCAAUGCCACCACUGAUCAGAUCGGGACCUGCUGGCCCAGAACCUCUGCGGGGGAACUAGUAGAGAGACCCUGCCCAGAGUUCUUCAAUGGGAUCAAAUACAACACCACGAGAAAUGCUUACAGAGAAUGCCUGGGCAAUGGGACAUGGGCUUCCAAGAUAAACUACUCUCAGUGCGAGCCUAUUCUGGAUGACAAGAGGAAGUAUGCGCUCCAUUACAAGAUUGCUCUCAUCAUAAACUACCUGGGGCACUGUAUAUCAGUAGGGGCCCUUAUAGUUGCCUUUAUGCUUUUCUUGUGCUUGAGGAGUAUCAGAUGCCUGCGGAAUAUUAUCCACUGGAACCUGAUCACCACAUUCAUCCUGAGGAAUGUGAUGUGGUUUCUGCUUCAGAUGAUAGAUCACAACAUACAUGAAAGUAAUGAACCCUGGUGUCGAUGUAUUACCACGGUCUACAAUUAUUUUGUGGUGACCAACUUCUUCUGGAUGUUUGUGGAAGGCUGCUACUUGCACACCGCUAUAGUGAUGACUUACUCCACAGAUAAACUGCGGAAAUGGGUCUUUCUCUUCAUAGGAUGGUGCAUUCCUUGUCCAAUCAUCAUUGCCUGGGCCAUUGGAAAACUAUAUUAUGAGAAUGAACAAUGCUGGUUUGGAAAAGAGCCAGGGAAAUAUAUCGACUACAUAUAUCAAGGGCCAGUGAUUCUUGUUCUUCUGAUAAAUUUUGUAUUUCUGUUUAACAUAGUUAGGAUUUUAAUGACAAAACUGAGAGCUUCGACCACUUCAGAAACAAUACAGUACAGGAAGGCAGUCAAGGCAACAUUAGUUCUUCUGCCUCUGCUAGGCAUCACCUAUAUGCUUUUCUUUGUCAACCCUGGCGAAGAUGACAUUUCCCAGAUCGUUUUCAUCUAUUUUAAUUCCUUCCUGCAGUCUUUUCAGGGUUUCUUUGUGUCAGUAUUUUACUGCUUCUUGAAUGGAGAGGUCCGUUCUGCUGCCAGGAAACGAUGGCACCGCUGGCAAGACCAUCACUCCCUCCGAGUGCGUGUGGCACGUGCCAUGUCUAUCCCCACGUCUCCGACACGAAUCAGCUUCCACAGCAUCAAACAGACUGCAGCCGUGUGAUACGCCCUGCACAUACACACACAACCUGGUGGCCUUCAGGGUUCUUCUUUCUUCACUCGCCCCAAGCCCCUUUCUUCAAACUUUCUUACUUUAUUCUGCACUGCUGUCUUUUGCGAUGAGGUGCCCAUCAUCUUCUUGUGGACUCUCAUCUCCCAUAUUCAUGAUGCUGCUUUAAGGCAACCAGGCAAAAGCCUCUUGGUGUAGGUGGUGGCAAAAUAGAUUCACAGAAGAGAUUCAGCAGCGACUGCACUUUGUGGAAGUUCACGAUACAAAGUCUAAAAGAGCACACUGGCAGGAACAA